AUGGCGAGAACAGCUCAAGUUGCACGGGAUCCAUCUGAACAACCUAGACGAUGGAUUCAGCGGGAAUAUGCCGACCAUGACGGCAACACUGUCAUUCUGGGGAAGUUUGCCAACGAAAACCAGUUCUAUAGGCCGGAGGAAGGUGAAGCUUACCGACUUCAAGUAUACAGCACGACUCCUAUCCAGCCAGAGGAGUUCAAAAAGUUGUAUAAAUAUUUUUGCUUUGACCUCAGCUGGCCUCCCUUUUUGGAAAUUUACUCUUACAACCCACCGGAUGGUCUGGCCUGCGUGGAGCAUCAGCGUCGUGAAGUUGCCCAUCGCAAGCGUCUCCAAGCCGAACAGCGCGAAGUCGACUAUGACGAGUCUCUUCCCCCUUUGAUUCCAACGAUGAAAACUGGCUUCGGCGAUGAGUUUAUGUCGGGAUUCUGUUUCCUUCUCACUUCGAAGAGCUACCUCCAGGGUGCAUUCCAAGACAAUGAUCACGGCACAGGCCCCUUGUGGAUUAGCUUCGAUCGGAGUCUUCCGCCCGCAGUGAAGAAGCUAGACAUGAUUAAACGUCUUGACAGUCCGGCGAGUGAGCUUCGAAAUUUUUCAGAGAGGGGAAUUGCAGUCAAUCCCGAAAUUCGCGAUAUCAAGGUGGAUAUUACAACAGAUCAAAGUGUAAUGCAAUUCAACAUGAAAGAGCUUGUUAGCGGAGUCUAUUCGACAUAUGUUUAUGGGCAAAUUGAUUAUGGACUCUAUGAACUGCCUCCGCCUACACGGUCAGAGGAAAAUCCGACCUUACAAGAUAUCCAGGAGGUUUUGGAGCAGCAACAGCAAACGGCAGAAGUCCAAUCCGUGGACUCAAAUGUACUUCGUGUCAUAUUGGGACCUGAAAACACUGUCACAGUCACGAACAACUCUUCGGAUAGGGAACACGAUCUUCAAUACGUGAUCUACGUCCAGUUCCUCGCGAAUAUCGAACAAGAAAAGACCGCCCUUCUAGAGACCACUGCACGCACAUUCACCGCUGGCAUUAUCUCUCAGCUCCCUGCCUCUAAAACAAUUUAUUUUGAGUUCCGGAUUCCUGGCUCCUCCUUGUCUUCCCUUAUAUCCGCUCCAACCAACGGAUUCGAUGUUGGCGCCUCCCAUGAAUUUGAGGCGGGUUCGGUCAUACGGGCACUACCUCAGCUCCGCCGUGACGUUUCUACCCGCCCGCAACCUCAUCACUUUUUUACAGUGGUUCUUGAUAAGCCUGCCUUUAUCCAAGAGCCGGGUGUGCUAUUCUACAUUCUCUGGGCCGACCCUUCGCAAUACAUUGAUCCAGAGACUACCGAUACCGUCAUUGAGACUAUGCGGAGCGCUGGUAUUCAAGAAGCUGCAAGAAGACUUGCAAUGCUUGCGGUGGAGGAGAAAAUCAGCGAGUGUCCAAGAAAGCUCACGCGAGAUGAGCAUAGAGAAGUGUUAUCUUUGUCGCCGGAGGAGUACGAGCAGAAGAUGAACUUCUAA